AUGCAGUCAGCUGGAGUCCGGGUGUUCUGCGUACUUCUUCUAUCGGCAAUAACCCAAACAUCCGGAAUAACCAUUUCGACCCGGAUUGGUCGAAUAGAGGGAAUUACCGCUGACGUCAACAACGUCACAGUCCACCAGUUCCUUGGGAUACCUUUCGCAAAACCACCCCUCGGAAAGCUGCGGUUCCGGAAGCCAGAGCCUUAUGGGAACUGGACAGAUACUCUGAAAGCCACGACCUUUGGACCCUCGUGUAUGCAGGAUUUCUAUGAAAAUGACAAACGGCUUAUUCCUAACCUCAACAUUACUGAGGACUGUCUGCAAUUGAAUGUGUUUGUUCCUGGAAACAUCGAUAAAAGGAACUGGCGUGCUGUUAUGGUCUGGGUACAUGGCGGAGGGUUUACGAACGGCCAAGCCACCAUGUUUAACGGCUCUUACCUGUCUUCUCGCUCUGACGUCAUCGUGGUCACCAUCAACUACCGACUCAAUGUGUUUGGGUUUUUAUAUGCAGGGAUGGACUCCAAUUAUAAGGGACAUUAUGGGUUAUUUGAUCAGCAGCUGGCUUUUAAAUGGGUAAAAGACAAUAUUGAGGACUUUGGUGGAAAUCCACACAUCAUUACAAUAUUUGGAGAAUCGGCUGGGGGCGUGUCAGUCACUCUUCAAAGUAUUCUGGCCUCUAACCUCGGAUUGUUCCAGCGGGUCAUCGCAGAGAGUGGGUCUGUGUUAAUGCCCGUCGACUUGGAUGGUACGCAAACAUUAGAGUUGACGAAGCAAACGGCCAAGCUUCUCAAUUGUUCCAGAGCUAAUAUGGAAGAUACGAUAGCAUGUUUGCAAACCAUUGAUGCACCCAGCCUGAUGGCAAACUACUUUAAAGCAAUGCCCCACUUUUUCAAGUUUUCUUUUACGUUCGCUGGGGAACUUUUGAACCAAUCACUUUUUAACGAUCUGGCUAAGAACAAUUCGCCGCCACUAACAAUGCUCCGAAGCCUUGACGUGAUGGCUGGAACCAACGCAGGAGAAGCAGGCCUAGAAUUCUUUGAUUUACUUGGAUAUCAAAAACCGUGGAAAUUUAAUCUAUCAAAGGGAAUUCCAGAGAGAAUUUUAUGUAAACACAUCAUUCCAAUGGCUAACGCAGAAAUAUACAAGAGUUGUGACGAUUUAAAUUGUGUGAUUUGUGACAGCUAUAUACACAAUUCCUCCACGAGUUCAUCUCUCCAAGACCAAACCCAGGCUGCGAUGAAUUUCUAUGCUGAUAUCUCGAUGAACUAUCCAACUUUCCAGUUCUUGAAGAUACAUUCAGACAAGACAACAAUGAAUACCUAUCAGUACACGUUCGACCACACCCCUACCUGGGAACUUAUACAAGAGAGACCGUCAUGGCUCAGAGGACCCAACCACGCCUCGGAACUGGCGUUCGUUUUUGGACUCAAGGACUGGUACCCACGAGACGUUCAACCAACGUCUGCUGAACUGGUUCUGUCGCAUCAGAUGAUGGAUAUGUGGACCAACUUUGCAAAAACAGGGAACCCCAACAAUGGAAACACGAGUUUAUGGAGGCCUUUUAACAGAAACAACCACUAUCUAAGUCUAGAUAUACCAUUAAAAUCAGGAGUGUCUCUAUAUGGAAAACGAAUGGAAUUCUUGUUGAAAGAUGUCCCAGAGAUAGCGCGUGCCUGUAAAAACCAGACAUAUGUAGUGUCAACAUCAUUAGGAAAAAUUCGCGGGACCAUUGUGGAAGUCGAUUCCCAAAAGAUUGGUCAAUUCCGGAAGAUACCAUAUGCUGUUCCACCUGUAGGAGAGCUAAGAUUUGCCAAACCUCUUCCUAUCACCCCUUGGAACGAAACUAUGGAUUCUACAACAUUUGGGCCAUCUUGUAUGCAGACUGUAAACAAAGAGGACUCUCAUCUAGUAUCCGAGGACUGCCUCCAUCUCAAUAUCUACGCUCCAUUCCCUGUCCUGCUGUCAUCAGACAAACCUGUGAUGAUUUGGAUCCAUGGCGGCGGAUUUACAUCUGGCCAAGGAAAGUCAACAGAUGGAAGUCGUCUGAGUCUCAAAGGUGACGUCAUUGUGGUAACAAUUAACUACAGACUGAACGUCUUCGGGUUUUUCAGUAUGGGUAAUCCGAACGCUAGGGGUAAUUUUGGGUUGUACGACCAGCAACUUGCCAUCAAAUGGGUAUAUGAAAACAUACAUGCUUUUGGGGGAGAUCCCAAUAAAAUAACUUUAUUUGGAGAAUCAGCUGGAGGAGUUUCGACAACAAUACAGGGAGUGAUACCAAGCAACGUAGGGUUGUUCAAGAGGGUCAUUGGUGAAAGCGGAUCUGUACUGGCGCGAAGAGACUAUCAAACGAAGACGUACGAAACCUCCAAACAAAUAAUCAAAAAUAUUCAUUGCGAAAAAUCCUCGGAUACCGAAAUUCUUGGUUGUCUUCGGUCACAGAAUGCAAGUGUAUUGCUGCAGACAUGGCAACAGAUUGACUGGAAGAAACCGUCUAAAGCCUCUUACUCGAUGACGACGUCAAUCGGACCAAUCACAGACGGAGAGCUUAUUCCGGAGUCUCCCGAAACUGCUCUGAAGAAUCCCAAGUCUUCGAUGUAUCGACAGUUUACAAGUGUGGAUCUAUUAGUAGGAACAAAUACUGCAGAUUCCGGACUUCUCUAUUUCAAUCUGAAACCCUAUGCUCAAAUCUUCAACAUCAAUGUUACUGAGGGUGUUCCAACACGGAUAGUGUGUGAUGAAAUGGCACCAUCAAUUGUACGGGAAAUCUUCAGUAUAAAAUGUCCUGCUUUGGCUGAAGCGAUAUGUAAACAAUACUCACCAAAAUCACCAGCAACUCUUCAGGUUCAGUCUCAGAUGGCAGCCGACCUGUACGGCGACUUCCUGGAGGACGUCCCUACCAUCAAGUCUCUGAACUACCACGCCCAAUCAGUGAAGUCCACAUUCCAGUACUUGUUUUCUCACCGACCUAACUGGGAGAUAAUUGGAGAUCGGCCUCCGUGGUUAGUUGGCGCGAACCAUGCGUCCGAGAUACCGUUUGUGUUUGGACUGAAAUCUUUUUAUCCACCGACCAUCCCUAUCACCCAAGAAGAAGAAACACUGGUCGAACGAAUGAUGGAGUAUUGGAUAAACUUUGCAAGAUAUGGGAACCCCAAUGGAAACUCUUUCGGAUACUGGAGGCCAUACACUGUGGAGGACAGAGACUACCUUAACCUUGACUUCAAUAUAACAAUGUCGUCAUCCUUGUACAAGGACAGAGUAGACUUCUGGACGACCACCGUCCCGGACAUUGUCCAAAUCAGCAAGCGGGUUUCAAUUAUUGGAGAAAAAGUAAAUAUGGUUUUCCUUUUGUGGAUUCUAUUUUCUGUUGCUAACGGAAUUGUAUUCGAAAAUGGUAUCGUCGAAACACUGCAUGGGCGGAUCCAGGGUUCACUGAGAGCAGAAGAAGGGUUCAGGGUUUAUCAAUUUCUCAAAGUGCCCUAUGCCCAACCUCCUGUUGGAGCUUUAAGGUUUAGUAAGCCAGCGCCAGUACUAGCGUGGAAACACACACUGAAUGCCACUCAACAUGGUCCUUCGUGUAUCCAGAAAAUAAGCAACUCGUACAGGAAAUUUCUACCAAAUAUGGAUAUAUCAGAAGAUUGUUUGUACAUGAAUAUAUACGUGCCGACAUCGGAUGAAAAAGCUAACAAUUUCUCUGUCAUGGUCUAUGUCCACGGCGGGGGAUAUUAUACAAAGUCCGCUAAUUUACACGAUGGAGCUAGAAUGUCCGCUCUAGGGGGAGUAAUAGUGAUAACUAUUAACUACAGACUUGGAAUGUUUGGUUUCCUGAGUACUGAAGAUGAACAGUCUCCCGGAAAUUACGGUCUCUGGGAUCAACUCGAGGCCCUUAAGUGGGUCAAUAAGAACAUUGGAUAUUUCGGCGGGGAUGCCUUACGUGUGACGUUAUUUGGUCAUUCGGCUGGAGGUUACAGUAUAGGGCUCCAUCUUCUUUCUAAACACUCUUAUGGUUUCUUCCAAAGAGCAAUCGCAAUGAGUGGACUGGGAUUAAACAGACGAGCUGUAACCCACGGCGCCAAAGACGCUGCUUUCCGCGUAGCUCAAUAUGCAGGAUGUUACAAUGAUUAUAACAAUGUAAAAAACAGCAGCGUAUUCCAAAACUCUUCUUUUAUUUUACAAUGUUUGCGAUCCAAGUCUCCACAUGAAAUAAUGGCAGCCACUCGGAAAAUGCGAACCAGCUACCACAAAUACGACUUCAUUAUGAGACCAGGAGCUGUUGUAGACAAUGACUUUCUGGAAGGAACUCCAGAAUCCAUUCUGGAUAACAAAGACUCCGAUGGGUUCCGAACCUUCGUUAGUGUUGAUGUUAUGGCGGGAACUAAUGAUGAAGAUGGAUGGUUGUUGAAAUUAAAGUUAGACAAAAUGCAACAGACGUAUCAGUUUAACCUAGAUGAUGGAGUACCAGUAAAUGCGAUGUGUGAUGGUGUCAUAAAAGAAGUGGUCCGAGACUACUUUGACUCCAACUCCGCCAUCGCAAACAAAAUAUGUCAAAGGUAUUUACGAAACAGUUCAAUAGAAGCCCAAGGUCAUUCAACUCUCGACUUGUAUGGCGACAUGUUUUACGCCUCCCCAGCUGUCAAGACACUUAGAGAGCACCGAAUGGGCCUCAGACAUUUAGGUAACCCAAAUCAUAAGAAAACCUAUCAUUUUAUUUUCUCACACAAACCCAGCUUUCCAGUCAUUUCUUCUCGCCGGAAGUGGCUAAACGGGGCACAACAUGGCGACGAAACGUGGUUCAUCUUCAGAAAUAAAAACUUCAACUAUACCAAAGAAGAGGAGAAAUUAAAUGAUAAUUUUGUAAAAUACCUAACUAACUUUGCAAAAUCCGGAGACCCCAGUGCUGAGGCUCUAGAGAUCUAUUGGCCACCAUUCGACAUUGAGACAGAGAACUAUCUGAACAUCAACAGAUCCUUUUCUAUAGGACAGCACCUGUUCAGUGACCGAAUGACGUUUUGGCUGGAGGAACUACCCUCCCUACAGAGGUCUUUGUCGUCCUCCACUGGGUCCGACUCCCAACACCCGGCUAUCGAUAACAUCCGGUUGGUGGGUCCUGCCGGGGUGGCGGGUCAAGGUCGAGUAGAAAUCCAGAAAGAUGGCGUGUGGGGAACAAUUUGUGACGACCAGUUCGAUAUGAAGGAUGCAGCAGUCGUCUGUAGAAUGUUGGGAUCAAAAGGAAACGUCCACUUGGCGACAGUUGAAGGUGUUUAUGGCGGGGGCACCGGGAGGAUCUUCUACGACGAGUUGCAGUGUAUUGGCUCGGAGUCCUCUCUAGAACAGUGUACGAGUGACUCCUUCCAUGACUGUACCCACACCGAGGACGCCGGCGUCGUCUGCGACUCAGACUCGGUAAAGUUCCGGUUAGUGGGAGGCAGUGAUGCCAACAGUGGCCGUAUUGAGGUGAACCUGAAUGGUCUGUGGGGGACAGUUUGUGACGACGAGUUCAACACUGCGGGCGCCAAGACCGUGUGUAGACAGCUUGGGCUGCCAUUCGCACAUGCAUAUCCAUUCAACUUUGGCCCAGGAAGCGGAUCGAUCUGGUUAGAUGACGUCAUGUGUACCGGGAAGGAGGCCAACAUUCUGGAGUGUAACCAGACUGAGAUCGGCAACAACGACUGUGACCACUCAGAGGAUAUCGGGGUGGUCUGCACCGACACCGUCCCGAACCUCCAGGUCCGACUAGUGGGUGGGGGCAGAAAUGACGAGGGGCGAGUUGAGAUCAACACCGGUACCGGCUGGGGUACUGUCUGUGAUGAUGAGUGGGACUCACACGAAGCCACUGUCGUCUGUAACAUGCUUGGGUUUACAGGUGGCAUCCCUCGGGCUGUAUCCAAUGGGUUCUUUGGUCAAGGCAGCGGAAGCAUCCUUAUGGAUGAUGUUCAGUGUUUCGGAAAUGAGACAAGCCUAGCGGCAUGUGGUUUCGCUGGAUUCGGCUCCCACGACUGCGAUCAUUCUGAGGACGCCGGGGUCAUUUGUCAUUCUGAAAAUUCACAAUCUCUGCAAAUACGACUUGUUGGCGGAAAUAACGCAAAAGAAGGUCGCGUGGAACUGUUCUUUAACAACACCUGGGGUACCGUGUGUGAUGACCAGUUCGAUGACAGGGAGGCCAAAGUGUUCUGUCGUAUGUUGGGAUACAAUGGUUCCGCUGUGGGAUUGGGCAAUGCUUAUUUCGGUCAAGGAUCUGGACCAAUAUUUCUGGAUGACGUCUCAUGCACCGGAAAUGAAGAUUCCAUCACAACCUGUUCUUUUGCCGGAUAUGGUCAAAGUGACUGCGAUCACACGGAGGAUGCCAGCGUUAUCUGUGACGCAGGACAUCAGAAUGUUAGCAUUAGGCUUGUAGACGGAAAAGUUCCGAAUGAGGGGCGUUUGGAAGUUCUCUAUCAUGGCCGCUGGGGAACCGUAUGCGAUGACCUUUUCGACACAACAAAUGCCAAAGUAGUCUGCCGAAUGCUGGGAUUACCUACGGGCAAUGCUGAAGCCGUCCAUGGAGCUCGCUUUGGAUCCGGAAGCGGAACUAUCUGGCUAGACAACGUUGACUGUAGUGGGACCGAGAACUCGAUUGCUGAGUGUCGUCAUCAGGUGUGGGGCUCCAACAAUUGUGACCACACGGAGGACGUCGGAGUCCGUUGCGGAAGUACUAUUGAGAGUCCUGUUCGUCUUGCGGGUGGAUCAACUCCUUAUGAGGGGCGUUUGGAAAUUUUCCAUGAAGGGAGAUGGGGAACUGUGUGCAACAAUGGAUUUGAUGCAACCGCAGCAAAAAUUAUUUGUAACAGCAUUGGAUAUCCAAGCGAUACUCCAUCUUUGAUGUCUGCAUCCGGUUUCGGGACCCCACCUUCCACCAUCUGGUUGGACGGUGUUAGAUGUAACGGUAAUGAGACUGCCAUUGACGUGUGUACCCACAACAGAUUCGGCCUUACUUCCUGUACCCACGACAAGGAUGUAGCCAUCAUGUGUAGAUCGCACGGUAUCAAAUGCUACCAUUGUGACGGUCUCUUAGACCCACAGACCUGUAAUGAGCAGGUCCAAUGCGCCGCAGGCGAGGUGUGUGAAGAGGCCGCUUUCAUCGCUAACGGGGAGACGAGAUUCUCACUCACCUGUCAGAGCAAACUGGUAUGCGAUGCGCUACAAGGUAAUGUGAUCGGAAGACGCAGCAUAGCAAAACGCCAGGGCCAGACGGUCCAAGUCAAGUGUUGCGACUCCCCGCUCUGUAACAGGAAUCUGAUCGAUAAGUCUUCUAUACACGGAGGGCACGGGUCUCAUGGACACUCAGCCACUGGUUGUCAGGACGACCCUAAGAUGGACUGUAAUGCCUUGGACGGUAUCAACAUCUGCGCCAACGUCCAGGCGGCCAAGAUCUACUGCCCCCUACAUUGCGGGCUUUGUACCUCCCCUUAGGUCCAACGCUUACCGCCAACUCAUAGUUUAUGUCUUUGUUCAUAAAUUGUUUGUUUUGUUUCUUUUUAUUAAAAAAUGGAAAUCUC